GUUCGUCUCUACUUCAUUCACCUUAUCCUGUAUAAACAGAAAGAAAAAAAGAAAAAAAUCCGCGAGGAACGCGGACCCGAGUUCUCUAUCUUCGUCGGCGACCUGGGCCCCGAGGUCAACGAGUACGUGCUCGUGUCUCUCUUCCAGUCGCGCUUCCCAUCUUGCAAGUCUGCCAAGAUCAUGACCGAUCCCAUCACCGGCCUCUCCCGCGGCUACGGCUUCGUCCGCUUCUCCGACGAGACCGACCAGCAGCGCGCGCUCUCGGAAAUGCAGGGCGUCUACUGCGGCAACCGUCCCAUGCGCAUCUCGACCGCUACCCCAAAGAACAAGGGUCCCGCUGGCCCCGGUGGCCCUGCUCACAUGGGCGUCCCCGGAGGCCCUCCUGGAGGCAUGUACCCUCCCUCCAUGGGCGGUGCUGGUGGUCCUCCUGGACCCGGUGGUCCCCAGAUGGGCUACUACGGCGCCGCGCCCCAGCCUAUGAACCAGUUCACCGAUCCAAACAAUACCACCGUCUUCGUCGGUGGCUUGUCCGGCUACGUCACCGAGGACGAACUGCGCUCCUUCUUCCAGGGCUUUGGUGAAAUCACCUACGUCAAGAUCCCCCCGGGCAAGGGAUGCGGGUUUGUCCAGUUCGUCCAGCGCCACGCUGCCGAGAUGGCCAUCAACCAGAUGCAGGGCUACCCCAUCGGCAACUCGCGCGUCCGUCUCAGCUGGGGCCGCUCCCAGAACAACUCUGGUCCUGCCGGCACUCCAUACAGACCCGCGCCUCCACCACCACUCUACCCGGCCAUGGGUAUGCCCCCCGCUCACCAGUACGGUGCUGGUUUCGCCCCUAUGAAGGUAUGA